ACCGACGCCCGCUGUACCCGCCCCGGUGCUCUUCCUCCUGGCGGUAUCCGUCCCGCCGCUGUGCAUCGUAGUACGCGCGCCGUGAUGCAUCACGUUCGCCAGACCGCGACCGCGACCGGUUGUCGCGCCGAUAGUACUCGUCUUCGGGGCGCUGUGCCCAGCCUUGGCCAGGCGAACGCGGCGGGUAGUUGGCGUAGCGAGAACUGUAGUCGCCGCGUCGGCUGCUGCUACGGACGCUGCGCGAAUCGCCGUUGCUGUCGCCAGCUAUGGAGGGCUCACGCGUGUCUUGCACUGGCUUGCCUAUGCUCGCACUUGAGGGGGGGCGCGAAGUUGCAGGCGGCGGCACAGGUGCUGCUGGUGUGGCCUCGGGAAGCUGGCCCGGGUCGAAAUUAGCUUCGCCUUCUUCGCUCAUUUUGUAUAGGAGAUUUGUGUAGAAACAGUACUGCUGGAUGCAACGAAUAGAGAAACAAAAAUACAGGAUGCGCGCAAUUUUGGUUGAGAGAAAGGGCGACAGUAGUCCAUUUGAAUCACAGCCCUGGAGUUG